AUGGUCCAGGAGCUUCGCUUUGACAACCAGACCGUAGUGGUUACUGGUGCAGGAGGCGGUCUAGGGAAGGCAUAUGCCCUCUUCUUCGCGUCAAGAGGCGCCAAUGUCGUCGUCAACGACCUAGGAGGGUCGUUCAAGGGUGAAGGUGCCGGCACAAAGGCUGCAGAUGUGGUCGUCGAUGAAAUCAAAAAGGCCGGCGGCAAGGCCGUGGCCAACUAUGAUAGCGUCGAGAAUGGUGACAGAAUCAUCCAAACAGCCAUCGACGCUUUCGGCCGCGUCGACAUCCUCCUGAACAAUGCCGGCAUCCUGCGAGACAUUAGUUUUAAAAACAUGAAAGAUUCCGAUUGGGACUUGAUCAACACGGUACACAUCAAGGGUGCCUACAAAUGUGCAAGAGCCGCGUGGCCACACUUCCGGAAGCAAAAGUACGGCAGGGUCAUCAACACCGCCUCGGCCGCGGGUCUGUUUGGUAGUUUUGGUCAGUGCAACUACUCAGCCGCCAAACUGGCACAGGUGGGCUUCACAGAGACAUUGGCCAAGGAGGGUCAAAAAUACAACAUCUUGUGCAACGUCAUUGCGCCCAUCGCAGCCAGCCGCAUGACUGAGACUGUUAUGCCGCCGGACGUGCUGGCCAACCUGAAACCAGACUGGGUGGUUCCUCUCGUGGCUGUGCUGGUGCAUCCGUCAAACACAACGGAAACGGGAUCCAUCUUUGAGGUUGGUGGUGGUCACGUCGCCAAGUUAAGAUGGGAGCGUGCGAAGGGCCUGCUGCUCAAGGCCGACGACACCUACACCCCAGGCGCGAUCCUGAAGAAGUGGGAUUCUGUCAUCGAUUUCUCCGAGCCUGAAUAUCCUAGUGGUCCGGCAGACUUUGUUGGGAAACUCGAAAACUCUCUGAAGAUGGGCAGCAAUGAUAAGGGUGAAGAUAUCAGAUUUGACGGCAAGGUGGUCCUUGUUACAGGCGGUGGCGCUGGUCUCGGUCGCGCGUACUGCUUGGCCUUUGCAAAACUUGGUGCUUCCGUGGUGGUCAAUGAUCUUGUCAAUCCCGAUACGACUGUCCAAGAAAUCCAGAAGCUUGGAGGCAAGGCUGUUGGCAACAAAGCCGAUGUGCAGGACGGAGAUGCUGUCGUCAAGACCGCCAUCGACAACUAUGGCAGAAUUGACAUCCUGAUCAACAAUGCCGGUAUCCUCCGGGACAAGGCCUUCACCAACAUGACCGAUAAGCAGUGGGACGAUGUGAUCAACGUUCACCUGCGCGGUACUUAUAAGGUUACCAAGGCCGCGUACCCCUACAUGGUGAAGCAGAAAUAUGGUCGCAUCGUAAACACCACCAGUACAAGUGGUAUUUAUGGCAGUUUUGGCCAGGCCAACUAUGCCGCUGCAAAACUCGGAAUUCUAGGCUUUUCUCGCGCUCUUGCACUCGAAGGCCGCAAGAACAACAUCUUUGUCAACACUAUUGCCCCUAACGCCGGAACUCAGAUGACACGAACCAUCCUGCCGGAGGAAUUGGUCCAGGCUUUCAAGCCCGAUUAUGUUGCACCUCUCGUUCUUCUGCUCUCGUCAGAUAAGAUGCCUGAUCCGCCUACGGGUCUUCUGUUUGAAGUCGGUAGUGGCUGGCAGGGCCGGACCAGAUGGCAACGCUCCGGUGGCCACGGCUUCCCUGUCGACGUGAAACUGACUCCUGAACAUGUUGUGGAGAAGUGGUCCAAGAUCCUCGACUUCAACGACGGCCGUGCAGAUCAUCCAGAAGGCGGUCAAGACGGCCUGAAGUCCAUCAUGGCCAACAUGGAAAACAAGAGCAAGAAGGAUUCCAGCUCAGACUCGACCGACUAUCUGGCCGCAAUUGAGAAAGCGAAGCAGGCCAAGUCUGAUGGAACAGAGUUCAGCUACGACGACCGAGAUGUGAUUCUUUACAACUUGUCCCUAGGAGCAAGACGAACUCAACUGCCGCUCGUGUAUGAGAAUGACGACAACUUCCAGGUUCUGCCAACCUUCGGUGUCGUUCCUUUCUUCAACGCGCAGGCUCCAUUCUCAAUGGAUGAGGUCCUACCUAAUUUCUCCCCCAUGAUGCUUCUCCAUGGCGAGCAGUACUUGGAAAUUAGAAAAUUCCCUAUCCCCACAAAGGCAAAGACACUCUCAUAUCCUAGACUAGUCGAAGUCAUCGACAAGGGCAAUGCCGGUAUCGUGGUUACCGGAAUUACCACCAAGGAUGCCAACACUGGUGAAGAUUUGUUUUACAACGAAUCCACUGUCUUUGUCCGUGGAUCAGGCGGCUUUGGCGGGCCCAAGAAGGGCGGUAACCGAGGCAAUGCCACCACGGUAUAUCAAGUGCCCAAGCGUGCGCCUGAUGCCGUGGUGGAGGAGAAGACAUCCGAGGACCAAGCUGCACUUUACAGAUUGAACGGUGAUCGCAACCCUCUGCAUAUCGACCCCGAGUUCAGCAAAGUUGGCGGUUUCAAGGAUCCCAUCUUGCACGGCUUGUGCUUCUUUGGCUUCAGCGGUAAGCACAUCGUUCAAAGCUUUGGUCAAUUCAAGAACAUCAAGGUUCGUUUCGCAGGAACAGUCAUCCCGGGCCAGACGCUGGUGACGGAAAUGUGGAAGGAAGGUAACAAGGUCAUCUUCCAGACAAAGGUCAAGGAGACUGGGAAGCUGUGCAUUGCCGGAGCUGGUGCUGAGCUGGUUGGUUCGCCCAAGUCAAAAUUGUAA